AUGAGUUUAGUAGCAAGCGAUAGUCCAUUAAAGCAGUAACGUUAAUUUAAAAUGAAGUAGGCAUAAGACCUAAAAAUUCUUAGAUCCUCUCAAGAUAAUAGUUAUUCUUCUAUGAAUGAUAGUGAAACUCCAGAAAAUUAGGGUAAAGCCUUCUUGAAUUAAACUAAUACAAAAGUAAAUUUAUAGCCUCACACACCUAAAUCUUCUUUUAGAAAUAGUAAGAUAAAUUUUUAAUCUCUAAGAGGGUCUCCUAAUUAAUCAUUCUACAAUUCAGAUGAUUAACAGUAACAACCCCUUAGCAAGAAUUAAGAUGCAAUAAUUAAUAUUUAAGACCAAUUUUAGAACUCAAACCUAAAUACUUACUCUUAACCUAACAAAGGUCUUCAUGAUUAAGUAAAUAAACCUUAGCAAAUAUCAAGAGAUUUGAAAAGAUAAACAUCAAAAUCCUUAUAUAAUGAUGUCAAUAAUGCGUCUCGCCGCUCAUAUUUGUAACAUUUACAAAAUGAUGAAUAAAAGCUUUUUUUGCAGGCCUUUGAAAACAGUAAAUCUAAUUAAGACAAUAAAGCAAUUAUAAGCUAACCUUUAAAGCUUAAUUAAAUUAAAUAAUCUUAAUCUGCAAGAAAACUUGCACCUUAUAAACAACAAGUAGAUGGAAUAAUCAAAGAUAACUUAUUCGUCAGCUAGGACUAUGAUAAAUUAAAAGACAUAAAGGGUUCGAUAAAUUAAUCUCAAUAAUAAUUUUCUUAGCAAUUUAACCUUCCUAAAUCUGCAAGUUCAACACCUCUUAAAAAUUAAUCUAUUUUGAACUUAGCAGGAAGUAUUUUGCUAACACCGACAAAAAGCAAUAACAAAAAUAAUAAUAUAGCUUAGAGUACUAUUUUUCAAUCAAAUAAAUAAUAGAAUUCUGGUAAAGAUAUGUCAAAAAAUUUUACUUAUAACACGUUGGGUCAAAACUUAAAUAUAGAUAAGCUAAAAAUGCAAUUUUAUUAGAAAUUAGGAACUUCUUCACCUUAAAAUAGUUAAAUUCGAAUCCAAGAAGGAAGAUAGAUUAUUAUUGAUGAAAAAAAUUAGAAAGACUAAUUGGCGUUAGGCAUAAAUUAAACUCUUAAGGAGAUGUUAGAUGAAAAAAAUGUUUUUCAUGAAUUAAUUUCACCAGAAAGUCCUGAUGGCUUAAUUGGUAAAUCUAAUAAAAAUGAUAAUAAAAUAAUCUUUUCAUUUCAAUAAAAUUAAUUAAAUCUAAAUGGAAAUUUUGGAUUAAACAAUUAAAAUUAAUCAACUCUUUCCUUUUCUCAGGCUUUGCAAACUAGGAUUGGAGAAAUGAAUUCCUAAGGCUAUGAUAAUACGGAGAGUUUUCAUUCAACGUAUAAGAAUAUUUAUAAAAUGUAGCAGCAAGCAGACCAUUUUAACUAAGGCACUGAUUUGCAAUAAGCAAUUCUAUAUAAGGCUUACUAAUCAAAUGUAUUACCUCGUAAAUUAGGUUUGAUUUCUAAAUCAGGAAGUGAGAAUUCAAAAACCUAAACUAUAAAAAAUGGAAAAAAAUAUUUAAACCUUUCUCAUUUAAAUAUUGGAAGCACUUAUUAAAGCAUUGUGGCAUCAGCUCUUGCCCAUGUAGAUUUUUCUGAUUUAUACUCAUUAAACCUCUCUAAAAAUAAUUUAACAAAUGCAUCUGUUGAACUUAUCCUAUAAAAUUUACCAGAGAAUAUUACUAAAGUGGAUAUUUCAAAUAAUAAUAUUGGAGUGAAUGGUGCAGCUUCUUUAAAAUAGGCCUUCAAUAGUAAAAAAUAUAGUCAUUUGAGAUACCUAAAUAUAUCUAAUAAUCAGUUAGGAGAUAAUGGCAUAAAAACAUUAACUGAAGCUAUUUAAAAUAAUACUACUAUUUAUUCUCUUGAUCUUUCUUACAAUAAAUUAGGUGACUAAUCUUGUAUUUAUUUGCAGCAAAUUCUUCAAAAUAAUUCAUAUAUUUAAGAACUUUAUCUUUAAUGGAAUAAAAUAUCUUCAAGAGGUGGCUUAUGCAUUGCAGAAGGUCUAGCUUUGAAUAGCAAUAUGAAAGUUAUUGACUUAAGCCAUAAUGGUCUAGGAUCUUUAAGCAAAUUAUAAACUGGCAUAAAAAUUUUAUAGAGCUGUUCAAUAGUUGAAUCAGGGAUGAGACAUCUAGACUUAUCAUACAAUUAAUAUGUAAAGUCUGAAGCUCUGUAGAUAGCAGAGAUUCUUGCUAAUAAUAACAAGCUAUUUGGGUUUCACUUUAUGGGAAAUUAAUGCAAUGCUAUAAUUGAUCCCAGAGGUUUUAUGUUUUUCUAAACAGAUCAAGAUAUCUUAAGAAGAAAUAUUUUAGAUUUUCAUAUGCAAUAAAGAUCAAUUUAGAAUGUUAAUUCAACAGGUCAUAAUAGAGCUUAAUCUUUUGACUGUAAAACUGUUGAUAAUUGUUGGCUUUGUGAUGGAUGGCAGGAAAUCAAGUUUGAAAUAAAGCCAGGUUGCAGUGAGUUAUUUACUGGCGAGCCUGCAUUUUUACAUUUAGAUUUUGAGGAUUACCAACCAUUUUAUAUGGAAAAAGAUUAAGAUGACUAAACUAAAUUUAUUCUAUACAGAAUGUGCCCACCUGGGAGAUAAAUCUCAUUUUUCUUUUCAGACCCUUGUAAAAAUGUAGUAUAUUCUUCAAAAGACUACAAUAGAGUGGAUUUUUUUAUUCCUGAGGGAUUUAAUACUAAUUUCUUUAAAGAUGAUGAAGAAUUAAUUACAGAUGGCACUCUUAAAAAGAAGUUCACAGUAAAAUAUCUUGAUGGGUCUAUAAUAUCGUACCCUACUCCUCCCAAAAUAAAUGUGAUUACAACUCAACAAUAAAGUCCAUCAAUUUUAAGUAGUGACUACGAGUCUAACAUCAAAUGCAUCCCAAGAGAAAAAGAAAUAUUUUAUAAAAUUAAUUUCAGUGAUUAAUGGCAUAAAGGAAUUUCUUUAUUCAGAAACUAUAUUGAAGACAGUGAAGAAUUAGAAGAUAAAUGUUUUGAAGAAGACUGGAAUAAUAGUAAGAUAUCUUAUAUAGUGCAGACAGUAAAAGGAAGCAACGUUGAUGAAUGUAAAAAAAUGUUGCGCUUAGCAUAUCCUCAAUUAAGAAUAACUUACAAAAUGCUCUCAGUGCACGGAAUGUCAGGAGACAUAUUCUGCAUUUCUUAGAAUCCAUUUUCAUAAUUUGUCUAAGCUACAGAAAUAUUUGAUAACAACUAUAUAAAAAUACGUGAUAUUGAUUUGAAUUUCACAACAUCAAGUUCAAAAGCAUUAAAAAAUAAAACAUAUCGUGCACCUGAUAAAACUUUAGUGCGUAAUGAAUUUAUUGAAGUUAUAGUGCGUCUUGCUGUAGAUAAGUAUAACAAAUCAAAAAUUUAUGCUACUGCUCAAUAAGCGAUAGAAGCUGUGCUGACAAGCAAUCCGUUUUUAGAAUAUCUCAUGCAAUUCGAAAACUCUCAGAUUUGGAGAGAUGAAAGGUAUUGGAAUUAAUAAUGUGAUGCCAUAUUUAAGAGUUAUCUGGAACUUGUCAAGACUCUAUGGAAUUAGUAUGCUGAUUCAAGGAAAGGAGAGAAGAGGUAUUAUUCAAGUAUAAAAACAAUGUCGAUUUAUGAGUUCAAAGAUUUCGUUCUUUAAUUUGAAUUGGUAGAUGAUUUCUAUGCAGAAAAAGAAAUUCCAUUUACAUAUAGCUUGUCCAUAAUGACUUAAAUUGAUGAACUAAAUAGUGAUAGAUAUUUUUAAAUGAAUUUUGAUGAAUUUUUAGAGGCGUUAGCUAGGAUAGCUGAAAAAAAAUCAAUGAUUCCUGUUGGUGAAGUCGAAUCAUAGUAUGAUGAAUAGGAAAGAAGGUAGCUACAUUUAAGGUAUAAAUUAGAAAGCUUUCUUUACUCUGUUAGCCAAAAAUAUGAUAAGCUAUUUUCAAAAGACAAAAAAAAGUAGGCAUUUAAUCACUCUUAAGCUGCACUUGAUAUCAAAGGUAGCAAAAAUCAGAGCAGUUAUUCGAGUUGGGAGGAAGUUAAAAAUGAGAAAAAAGAAUAAUUAAAAUAAAAAAUAAAAAGUGUAAUAAAGGCAGAUAAUAUCUAAUAAUAGCUAGAACAAAGUUUUGAUGCAAAAGAACCAACAGAUUUUGAAAUAAAAUUAGAAAAUAAUGACCAAAAUACUCAGCAAUAAAAUCUAUAAAAUUAAAUGAAUUCAACAAGUAAUGCUUAAGUAUUUAACUUAAAUAAAAAAUGA